AUGGCCAGAGUCUGGUUUGUUUACAGCUCGUGGUGUUUACAUGCCUGUACCACGUGGUGUCCCGCCCCUCCCCCGCCCACAACUCGACGUAAUGGCGUCACGCAUCACGCUGCCGUUACGUCGGUGUCGGGCUGUAGAUUCGCGCUGCACGGACUGUGGAUAAAUCAGCGGUUCCGGGCUGUCGUGGCGUGUUUUCCGAUUUUCAUGUCUUACUUAAUCUACGACUGGUGA